CAUCGAUAAACCAGACAACUAAGAAAGGCUUUUACCGCACUUUUCAUGGGCGGGUCGAUUUAAAGUAAUAAGUGAGGUUAAGCUCGAGGAUGUCAGGGCCUAAGCCUGAUGUCGUGUAUCCACUAAGGGUACAAUACUGCGGAAAUUGUUCCCUCCCCAUCGAAUAUUGCGAAUAUUAUCCAGAGUAUGAGAAGUGCAAACAAUGGCUGGAGAGAAACCUGCCUACGGAAUUCGAAAAAGUUAAAUUAGAGGAUGCAGCAGCUGAGUCGGGAGGUGGGGAAGAUGAAAAGAAGCGACAAAAACGAGGUGGUAAAGGGAUGUUGAAAACUAAGAAAAAAGAAGACGUACCAAAAUUGGUAACUGUUUCAAGGGCUCCAAGAGGCAAGAAGAAGUCUGUCACAGUUGUUACAGGUCUCAGUACAUUCGAUAUCGAUCUCAAGGUAGCAGCUAAAUUUUUUGGUAGUAAAUUUGCAUGUGGCUCCAGUGUAACAGGAGACGACGAAAUAGUAAUUCAGGGAGAUGUCAAGGAUGACUUGUAUGAUGUUAUCCCUGAAAAGUGGCCACAAAUUGAUGAGGACUCAAUAGAUGACCUUGGAGAUCAGAAAAGAUAGUGGUACAGCCAUUUACGUAUGCUAAUUGAUAUUUUGUCAUUACCUUGGAUGUUUAUUAUAAAUAAAUGUACAUAAGAUAA